GUUCACGAUUUGGAAUUUGCAUCUUCUUUGGAUAUUGUAUUACACGAAACUCUGCCAGCUCUGAAGAGAAUAAAAGAAGCAGGGAAAGCAAGAUUUAUUGGAAUUACAGGAUAUCCCCUGGGUAAACUAAGAGAAGUUGUUGAACGGAGUACUGUAAAAAUAGAUUUGGUGUUGUCGUACUGUCGCUGUACCCUCUUUGAUCAAUCUUUACUGGAACACGUGCCAUUUUUCCAGAAACAUGGCUUAGGAAUAAUUAACGCUGCAAAUUUAGGGAUGUCCCUGUUAACAGAACAAGAAAUUCCAAAAUGGCAUCCAGUAACACCCGAGAUCAGAGCAGCAUGUGCAGAGGCUGUUCGAUAUUGUAAGGACCAAGGAGUUGACAUUUCCAAGUUGGCAGUCUGUUUUUCUCUUAACCAGUUGGGUAUAGACACUCAUCUUACAGGAAUGGCUGA